UUGAACACAAUGUAUGUCAAAUUUCUAUUUUCGAUCUUGAUUUCCUUUAGUUUUUUUCAAGCUAGGGUUUGUGAAGUCACCAAGUUAAAUGGCUGCUGCUGUGAAGUAUCAAGAAAUUUAAACGAUAAACCUCAGGACGAAUUUGUGGCUUUCACGGCACUAACAACUAAUAAAAAUGCAUUGACAAAUGACCCAAUAAAAUAUGAUAAUAUUGUUACGAAUAUUGGGAAAGCGUACAGUUCUACUUCUGGUAUAUUCCGUGCACCAAUCACCGGAAUCUACAGCAUUUCGUUUAGCUUAAUGGGAUACCAUACUGACGCAAUUUAUGCAAACCUUUAUCAUAAUGGCAAGGAGAUAAUCAGGCUAUACACAAGAGGUGGUAACAGACACGAAGUCACAUCACACACAGUUUUCCUCAAACUAGUUAAAGGUGAUGAGGUCUGGGUACAGGGAACUGCUGGAAAGAAGUUAUGGGCUUCUGAGCCGUACAACCAGUUUUCAGGGGCAUUGAUAAGGAGUGGAGACUUCGCGAGCUAAGAUGCAUGUAUAUUUGAAAUGACUGACAUUGCUCUUUGAUUUUAAUAAAUAUU